GUGCCAGACAAGCCAAUGAGGAACAUCAAGUAUAUGGACAAGGAAAUAAUAAACCUCAAAAAAGACCUUGCACGAAGCCGCGUGUUGAUUCGGUCGGUGAAGAUAGGCCGCGGAUACUUCAGCAUGCUGCGAGAGGAGAGUGCCUUGAAAAAGAAGCUACAGCAACUUCAGAAACUCAAAGAGGAAGAAAGACAUAAAUUCCAGCCAGCCAAAAAGAUGUCAGAAAUCCAUUAUGGCGAAAUUCUUUUGACCACAUACGAUGAUGAGAAGGUUAAGAAGAUGGGCGCUGGAGUCAUUCGCCCGUUCACCCCCGUGCACAGCUGCAUCAUCUUGCCCUCGCUACCUGAGGCUCACGUGGAGCCCCUCUUCCGCCAGCUCUGUGCCCUCCACUGGCUUUUGGAGGCCCUGACUAUCGACCACACCCACCACACCAUGAAGCCUGUGAUCACCUGCUGGAAUCCAAAGUAG